AUGCAUCUGCGGCUGCUGGUGAUGUCUCUGCUGUGCGAGGCGAUCGGGACGGGCGCCGGGCACAAGCCGAGCGCUCGCCGGCAGCCGGCGGACGACUGCCGCAGCUGUCUGGACUGUUCCCGUGACAACGGCUGCGUCCGCUGCCCCGAGCGCCUCUUCCUGUUCCUGCAGAGGGACGGCAUGUCCCACCACGGCUCCUGUCUCCACGCCUGUCCUGCUGGACACUACGGCAAGAGGGGCAAGGACGUCAACCGCUGCAUGAAGUGCCGCUCUCCGGACUGUGAGCAGUGCUUCAUCCAGGACUUCUGCACCAAGUGUCGGCCCGGCUCGCUCCUCUUCAAGGGGAAGUGUCUGAGCAGCUGUCCAGACGGGACCUUCGUCCACAACUCUGACUGCCUCGACGACUGUCUCCUGGCGCCGCCGACCGAGUGGACGGAGUGGAGCGUCUGUCUCCGGGACGGCGCCCCCUGCGGGUUCAGGUGGGGCCGGCAGACCAGGACCCGGGCAGCGUCCCCGUCCCCGCCCUGCCCGUCCCAGAGCCAGACCCGGAGGUGCAGGAUGAAGAGGAGGUGUCCCACAGGUCCCGAGGCGGUCCGGACCGCAUCGGACCUCGCGUGUCUGGCGGUGGAGACAGUGUCCUGCAUGUGCUCCGGGUCAAAGGUCAAGGUCAUCAACGCGCUGUGGUGUGUUAACCUUCGGCCCGACGACCCGGAACAGUCUGGACAUCUGGAGCAGCUCGUCAAACAUGGCUGCUGCUGCCCGCCGCAACCUUUGACCUUGGAGCUACAGGAUUCAGGUCUGAAGCAGCGAACCAGGAACACGUAUCGAGGCGAGUGGAAGUGA